CACCGCUAAAGGUUUCUGGCAGUGCGCGGGCAUCCUCUAUGGGGCUAUAGGUAGCAACAGCAAGCUUGUUUGAUUUCUGUUCCUCCCCUUAGGAUCUUGCUGCUUGUCGGUCAUUCUUCUUGCAGAAAUGUCUGCGACGCAACUACUCAACCCCAAGGCCGAGUCGAGGCGGAGAGCGGAGGCGUUGAAGGUCAACAUCAGCGCUGGUGAGGGUCUCCAGGAUGUCUUGAAGUCUAACCUUGGUCCUUCCGGAACGUUGAAGAUGUUGGUGGACGGUGCUGGCGGAAUCAAAUUGACCAAGGAUGGAAACGUUCUGCUCCGUGAGAUGCAAAUUCAAAACCCCACAGCCGUUAUGAUUGCUCGUGCUGCGACGGCUCAGGAUGAUAUUACUGGUGAUGGAACGACGUCCGUCGUUCUGUCGGUCGGAGAACUCUUGAAGCAGGCGGACCGCUACAUCUCCGAGGGUCUGCACCCCAGAGUUAUCACGGAUGGUUAUGAGAUCGCGAAGAACGAGACUCUCAAGUUCCUUGAUCAAUUCAAGAUUGAGCGAACCAUUGACCGCGAACUUCUCUUGUCCGUCGCCCGGACGUCCCUGAGCACGAAGCUGAAUAGCGCCCUUGCUGAAAAGCUCACCCCCGAUAUCGUCGAUGCCGUUCUCGCUAUUCACAGAGCCCCGGAAAAGCCCGAUUUGCACAUGGUUGAGAUUAUGACUAUGCAACACCGCACCUCUUCCGACACCAAGCUGAUUCGUGGUCUUGCUCUUGAUCACGGCGCUAGACAUCCCGAUAUGCCCAAGCGCGUGGAGAAUGCUUUCAUUCUGACACUGAACGUCAGCUUGGAGUACGAGAAGUCGGAAAUCAACUCGGGUUUCUACUAUUCAUCUGCCGAGCAGAGAGACAAGUUGGUGGAGAGUGAGCGCAAGUUCGUGGAUGCCAAGCUACAGAAGAUUGUGGAGCUUAAGAAGCUUGUUUGCGGCAACGACCCUAAGAAGAGCUUCGUUGUUAUCAAUCAGAAGGGUAUUGAUCCCCUGAGUUUGGAUGUCCUUGUUAAGAACGGAAUCUUGGCUCUCCGGAGAGCUAAGCGGAGGAACAUGGAGCGUCUUCAACUCAUUUGUGGCGGUGUUGCACAGAACAGUGUGGAGGAUUUGACUCCCGAUGUUCUUGGAUGGGCUGGUCUCGUUUACGAGCACCAGCUCGGAGAGGAGAAGUAUACUUUCGUUGAGGAAGUCAAGGAUCCGAAGUCCGUGACUAUCCUUAUCAAGGGUCCCAACCAGCACACCAUUGCACAGGUGAAGGAUGCUGUUCGUGAUGGUCUGCGGUCUGUCUACAACACCAUCGUUGAUGGUUGUGUCGUUCCCGGUGCUGGUGCGUUCCAGGUGGCGUGCGCCGGUCAUCUGUCAUCCGACGCCUUCAAGAAGACCGUCAAGGGUAAGGCCAAAUGGGGUGUUCAAGCUUUUGCUGACGCACUUUUGGUCAUUCCGAAGACCCUUGCAGCCAAUUCUGGUCACGAUAUCCAGGACUCUUUGGCGAUGCUGCAAGACGAACUCGCCAACGGCAACAACGCUGGUCUGGACUUGACCACCGGUGAGCCGAUGGACCCUGUGCAGGAAGGUGUUUUCGACUCCUUCCGUGUGUUGCGCAACUGCAUUGCAUCCAGCACGGGUAUUGCCUCGAACCUCCUACUCUGUGACGAGCUACUGAAGGCCCGCCAAAUGAGCAGACAAUCAGGACCUGGCGGCAUGGACGAGUAAUGUGGUAUCUAGCAACAAGACAGAAUAUGUAAAGCACUCCCUUGAAUUUCUCCAUCGGUUUGCAGGUUAGAAAAGUACUCUACGAUAGUAUACUCAAAAAGGCCAUACUAAUGAACCCUGGCACAUCCUAAUUGAAUAUCAUUCACAGAGCUUCAACUACGCCAAAGAACACCACCAGGUUGCUGCCUUGAGCUAUCAUAUUCUGGGUAUUAGAGAGGGCCAGGCAACAGGAAUAGAGAGGCUCGUGGGCCACGAAAUUUUCAAAAACUAUCACUGUACCUAACCUCGAUGUCAAACUUGCAUAUCAGCUUGUCAAAUUGCAG